GUGGUUUUAAUGGUUUGUGAUUAUGUUUUAUAGGUAACAAUGCCAGUUGCAGAUUCCUCUUUGAUUGAAGACAUAGAAGACAUUGUCAACAAGAACUCUUCUCCUGGUGAUGUUCGUCAAGAGAGUAAGAGACAUGUUGUCCCUAAAGCCAAACGAAUUCACAGACAAACCAAAGAGGAAGCAGUCCAUGCAGAUAGCAUCAUACCAGGAACACAGAAAAUAUGGCUGAAAACUUGGGGAUGUUCUCACAAUAAUUCAGACAGCGAAUACAUGGCUGGACAGCUGGCAUCAUAUGGUUACAAAAUCACAGAUAGCCGUGACUCAGCAGAUCUGUGGCUCCUGAACAGUUGUACUGUCAAAAAUCCAGCAGAGGACCACUUCAGAAACGAGAUCAAAAAGGCCAGAGAGAAACAGAAGAAAAUAGUGGUGGCUGGCUGUGUCCCCCAGGGUCAGCCCAGAGCAGACUAUCUUCAGGGUCUCAGUGUUAUAGGAGUCCAGCAGAUUGACAGGGUGACAGAGGUCGUGGAGGAGACAUUGAAAGGUCAUUCUGUGAGGCUGUAUGGUCAGAAAAAGCAGGAGGGUAAGAAAGUGGGAGGUGCAUCACUCAGUCUGCCAAAAAUUAGGAAGAACCCCCUCAUAGAAAUCAUAGCUAUAAAUACUGGGUGUCUGAAUCAGUGUACAUACUGUAAAACCAAACAUGCCCGAGGGGAGUUGGGUAGUUAUCCCCCGGAGGAAAUUGUUGCCAGAGCCAAACAGUCAUUUGAGGAGGGUGUAGUUGAGAUAUGGUUGACUUCAGAAGAUCUGGGUGCAUAUGGACAUGAUAUAGGGGUGACCUUGCCAGAGUUGCUUUGGAAACUUGUAGAGGUCAUUCCAGAGGGGGCCAGAAUGAGGUUGGGGAUGACAAACCCACCUUAUAUUCUAGAACAUCUUGAGGAGAUGGCCAAAAUCCUAAGGCAUCCACGAGUUUACUCGUUCCUCCAUGUCCCCGUGCAGUCAGCUUCUGAUAGCGUUCUCAUGGACAUGAAGAGGGAGUACUGCCAGGCAGACUUCAGACAUGUAGCAGACUUCCUGAAAGAAAGGGUACCUGGAGUCACUAUAGCGACAGAUGUGAUAUGUGGAUUCCCCACAGAGACAGAGGAGGAUUUUGAGGAGACACUAAAACUUGUAGAAGAGUACAAAUUCCCUAGUCUGUUUAUAAACCAGUUCUUUCCAAGACCUGGAACUCCUGCAGCAAAGAUGCCAAGAAUACCAGCUCAACAGGUUAAACAGCGAACUAAGAAGAUCUCUGAGUUGUUCCAUUCUUACAGACCAUAUGAUCACAAGAUCAAUGAAAUACAGGAGGUUUUAGUGACAGAAAUAUCACACGAUCAGCAGUUCUUUGUCGGUCACAACAAGUUCUAUGACCAGGUGCUGGUUCCUAAGGAUGAAGAUCUGAUGGGUAAGAUGGUAACUGUGCAGAUAAAAGAGACAGGGAAACAUUUCCUUAAGGGACGACUUCUGUCAGACAAGGAUGCCAUACGCCCAGAUGUUCCGCCUCCCUUAAAGAAAGGCCAGGUGUCAGGGGCACCUUCCCUAAUCCAGUCUGAGAAGAUCUCCAACCACAGUAUCGUCAUGGGCAUUUCUUUGUUAGCAGUGCUGAUAGCAGUGAUAUGGAGGUUCUAUAGCUUAGUUUUAGGAGCUACGUGAUGAUACAUACUAAAUGGACAGACUAGAACUAGAUUAUGUUUGUGUGUAAAGAAGUCCAUAUUUUAUUGUAAAAGACUGUGAUAUAUAGCACAACAACUUGCUGAUCCAGGGAAAGAAAAUCUGAGAAAAUCUGUUAGUGUCUGAAAGAGAAUUGUUCACAGGAUGUUGGAAUGUUUUAUAAAAGAAUAAAAUAGCUAAUUUUUGGUAUCUUAUGAAA